AUUUUAAACCACAUGGCUAUCAAAACUUAAUGGUUUAGAAGACAAUUCUUCGAAGUUUGUCUUUAUGCUGCAUGUUACGUUUGAAUUCUAAGGAACAUUGGAUGGCAAUUUUUCAAGGUGAGCCCAUCGCCAUGCGGAACCUCUUGGUAGUUUUCCUCCUGCUCUACGUUGCCGGAAGGCCGGUGUUGGGCGGGCAGGGAACCAUUGACGACUGGGUCAGAUUAACAAAUACUCUGUUCUCAAACUACACCAGCGAGGUUCGACCGGCCUAUAACUUCACGGAAGUCGUUAACUUAGAUGCCUGGAUGUUUUUGCUCUCCAUUUUAGACUUUGACGAAGUGGCGGGUGUUAUCACCAUGAGUGCUGGGAUGGGUUUAACCUGGACAGACUAUCGUUUAAAAUGGACACCAUCUGAUUACAAUGGCAUGGAGGAUAUCAUUAUCAAUGCAUCUAGAGUUUGGAGGCCAAAACUGUACAUGAUUUCCUCCGCUGACGACCUGGAACAAUUUGGAUCGGAUGAAUUUGAUGUCCGAUUGAACUACAACGGUACGUGCUCGGUGUACCCUGGGAAACUUUUGAAAUCGAGUUGCUCUGUAGAUAUGACGCGGUUUCCGGCAGAUUCGCAAAAUUGUGAGAUGCUUGUGUUAUUAUGGGGUGUGCAACCGAAUGAAGUUAAGCUCGGUUUCAGCAGUACUGAGAUAUUCUUAGGAUAUUUCACGCCGAAUGGCGAAUGGGAGGUUGAUAAAACUUCUGUGUCUCAAUACAUGGGGUUUGGUUCGCCUUCAUCGACGCUGUCCUUCUCCAUACAUAUGACUAGGCGAUCGAUGUAUUUCAUCAUCUCAAUGACUAUACCGGUACUGUUGUUAUGCUUCCUGAAUCCGUUCGUGUUCCUCCUCCCGGCCUCCUCAGGUGAGCGGAUAUCAUACACAAUCACCAUGUUUCUGUCCCUGGCUGUCUAUAUGACUCUCAUUGGCGACAAUCUUCCGAAAGUGUCAGAAAACAUGGCGGGGAUGUCGUACUUCUUGCUGAUAGCAUUAAUAUAUAGCAGCUUACUCAUAUUGCUGACUAUAUUUACACUUCGGUGUGAGGCUGUGUCUGACGUCACGAAAUUUCCAAAAUUGUUAAGAUGGCUUACUCUCUGUUUCAAGCGCAAAAAGAACAAAGUAACCUACAAAAAUGCCGAAAGUGGCCAAGACGUCAAUGAAAACGACCGAAAGGAAAACAUGAGGACAACCAGCGAAGAGUUUCCUCUCGUGACCAAGACUGACGUCAUGACAUUUGUCGACAUGUCCUUGUUCCUGGUUUCCUUUGUGAUGAUCAUCAUCGCAGCUCUAUGGUUCCUCAUCCAAUAUUACGGCUGAUAUUGAGACAGUAAACAUUCGUCAGAAUCCACUAUCACGGCUGACAUUGAGACAAUAAACAUUCGUCAGAAUCCACUAUCACGGCUGACAUUGAGACAAUAAACAUUCGUCAGAAUCCACUAUCACGGCUGACAUUGACAGAUUAUAGCAUUCGUCAGAAUGGAUUAAUAUUGAUCUUAAAUGUUUUAGGACCAUUUAAGGGAAGUUGCAAAAAUGAGUUGUGAGACAAGGAUUUAUUCUAAAGUAUGAAAACGAAUAUUUCAGUUUUUUUUUAACUUGUCAUUUUACUGGGAUGAACAUGAACAUAUAAAUAACGAUGAAAUUAGAUUUAGGUACAAAGACUAGCUUUGUAGUUUCCAGAAGCAACGAGGAGUAUUUUCAAAUGAACACAGGUAAAUGUUCCUUAGCCUGCUAAAAGUUAGAGUUGAUAUUGUCUUAUCUGGAAUUAUUUUCUAGGAUUUUUUAUCUGCAGUGAUCAGUCCAUGUCUGUUUUGUAUGUUUCCUCAAAACCCCCUGAAGGGUCCCGACAUUUACGUUCAUACUACGUACACUUGAGAUUACCUCCCCUGUUUUGUUGUGUAAAUGUACAUGUAUAUAUAUAUCUAGAGUUGAUAUUGUUGUUGUUGUUGUAAUUAUUAAGUUUUUAAAUGUUUACAUAUAAACAGUAAGCUGUAUGUCACUGUUAUUACAUCAAUAUCGUUUAUAUAUUUCACUGUAAACAGGUAACUUUCUUGAUUUCCACAAGUGCACUAAAAAUUAAUUUUAGCACAAAUAAAUAUCAUUUACAGAGA